AACCUUCUUUGGCUUACUUCCCCAUCAAAUACAAACAUCUCCUCCCUCACUCAGCAUCCCCACCAGCAGCCAGAGUGUGUGUGUUGUGCACAGGCGGAGCUCCAGUGGUUAGAGUGUGACGAUAGCCUGUUUAACAACAGGAGUUCCACACUAAUUCCCGUGCAGCUCGUACCGGCCCGGUUCAGCCUGUUCCCACCCACAGCCUCUAUUUCGACCCGCAAAGCUGCUGCUGUAAUGGCCUUCUUCUCCCUCACCUCCUCCUCCUCCUGCCCCCAACUGUACCACUUACCCAGUUACCCCGGCAACACCACCAUAUCAAACGCCGCGGGCGAGAUCAACCGUGUGAUCCUGCGUCAUUACAACCACACCGGCCGCCUGCAGAACAGGACCGUCUCAAACCAACAGAACCACAUCAGUGCCUCCACGGCCGGCUUCCUCUUCUUCAGUAUUUUCAUCAUCCUGGAGAAUCUCGUGGUGCUGCUGGCCGUCGUCUCCCGCAUCCGCCACAGCCGACGCUGGGUUUACGUCUGCAUUGCCAACAUCACACUCAGUGACCUCCUCACUGGCGCUGCCUACCUGGUCAACAUCUGUAUGUCCGGCAGCCAGACGUUUCGCCUCACCCCUGCUCUGUGGCUCUUCAGGGAAGGCAUGAUGUUUGUGGCCCUGGCUGCAUCCAUAUUCAGUUUGCUUCUGAUUGCUGUGGAGCGUUACACCACCAUGAUAAAGCCUCUGCCCCAGAAGUCAGCGAGGAAGACCUAUCGGAUCUACGGCUGGGUGGCACUCUGCUGGAUUUUGGCGAUGGUGAUUGGCUUUCUCCCAUUGUUGGGCUGGAACUGUGUGUGCAGCCUGGACGGAUGCUCCACCCUUCUCCCUCUCUACUCCAAGAACUACAUCUUAUUCUCUCUCAUCAUCUUCUUCUUUAUCCUCCUGUCUAUCGGCGUGCUCUAUGGGACUAUCUACCGCCACGUACACAAGAGUGCAAAGCUGGGCCUGCAGCGCAGUCGCAAACGCUCUUUGGAUCUGCUGAAAACUGUGAUCACUAUAGUCGGAGUCUUCCUGCUGUGCUGGGGGCCACUGUUCCUGCUGUUACUGGUGGACUUCUUCUGUGACUCCCACCAGUGUGCACUGCUGUUCUGCGCUGACUUUUGCAUCUCUCUGGCUGUCUUAAACUCUGGCAUAAACCCCAUCAUCUACACCCUGGGCAGCAGUGAUAUGAGGAGGGCGAUCACUGAGCUGCUGUGCUGCUGCUGUCUGAAGGCUGGAUUCUGUCACCCAGACACAUUCACAUCCAGGGAGACCAGCAGCACCUCCGAGAGCAGGAGGGACAGUCUGAGGAACAGUUUGAAUAAGAUCAGGAAUCUGACCGUGGCCUCCCCACCAUCAACUCCAAACAAGCCUCGCAGGGCACCCAACAAAUAUAGGCUGAGCUCCACCACCAGCUGCCUGUCAGUUUCAAGUGGUUAGACCACAACGUGCUCCACUCCCAAGCAGGCCCUGUGUGCACUGAUACACAUCUAACCGUUUCCUCUGAGUUUGGCUUUGAAUGUUCGUUGCUUUGCCUGGAGGUACUUGCACUGAUGACGAUGACACACCGUCAUACAACCUGUUCAAAAUAUGUAUCCAUCCUCGCAAUUACAAGCAGUUUCUUUUUUGCAUCCUUUGGUCGUUCGUUUGACACACUUCUUUGAUCUGUUGUUGCGUCAGCGCUGGAACACAGACAACCUGACAACACAACUCUGGUACGCUGCAAAUGCAGAGAGCUUUGAAUGGCUCAUUACUGUGCUUACAAGAGUAAUGCAUCAUCCAUGAUGUUCUGAAUGCAAAGCUGUUUCUACCCCAAAGAAUUCAUUUGAAGAGGAAGUGGCGACAUUUAUGUUGGA